AUGCAGAGAUCUGACAUGUCGUCCGCGGGGAGGCGCAAUCUGGAUCCGAUGCCCACUCUCAAUGGGGAAGGCGCCGACCCGCCCCGCUCUCUUGCCCAACUUGUGCAAGUGUCCGCACGAGCCACUCUCUUUGAUUUUCGACUCUUCGACUCUUCGACUGCACCUUUUUCCACACUUCUACCCUUGUCUUCCGCCCAUCAGGGACAGCUUGACGAUACCCACGAUAUUUACGACCCGUAUACGAUAACGAAUCCUCCGCGGCAGCGCCAACAGCAGCAGCCCGCUCUUGAGUCUACCUUUUCUUCGACUUUUCAACAAUUCCCUCAACUUCCUCCACCUCGACCCGCAAGCGCUGCGAGCGAUCACCGCCCACUGCGUCGAGUCUCGCCUUUGGGAGGAAACAAUCGACCAACAUCAACAGCCCACCGCCGCGUCGCUUCAGUUGAUGCAAAUUUCCGUCCUCAGCGCGACCAAAGUUACGCCCAACAAACGGUCAACCAACCGAUUGGCCGUCGUUCACGUGUAGCUGGUGUCACUUCUGCUGAUAUUGCCCCGGCGCUUUCUGAAGCAGAGACAGAAGCUGGCGCUUCAACCGCAGGUGACUCGGUCAGUCAACUCGACGAAUCCUACUGGCCGUCACGGUCCACUAGAGUCUCUCCACGCACCGCAUCUGCAAUCCGUUGGGUGCUGGAAGAGGCCAUUCGGAAGCCCUUCCCAUUCACUCCAGUGCUAGAGGAAUUGAACGCUCCCAUGUCGGAGUUAACAAAUCCAGCAGGGCCGGGAACGGGGCCUCAAACUCGUGCUCAAAAUGGAGGAUCACGUCCAGUUCAAGCUAGACCACCAGUACACUCGCAAGUUCCUGCAGGUGUACGGACGCCCACGGAUAUUAUGAGGGACCGGCGAGAUAGAGAAGCCAAAAGGCAAGCAGAACGGGAAGCACAAGAUCGUGAACGCAAAGAACAAGAGCAAAUUAAGCAUCAAGUACAGCAGCAGUAUGCUGCCGCUGCUGGCCCUGUCGCGGGGGAAGUACCUGCUCAGCGACGACAGCCAAAUGUACGCCAACCCGUAGCAGUCGAUCCGGCUACUUAUCCAGAGCAGUCUACAACCUACCCACCACCGUCAGCUGCUGCUACUAGAAGAGCGGAGGCUACUCGACCUGCUCCCCAACGAACACCACAAAUUAGAGCMCCGCCAGCCACAUCUCAACAACCUGCUCCAGCCGUGGCUGCACCAACCACUUACCAACAGGCUCCAUCUCAACCGCAACCACAAGUCAGGCAACCUCUGCCUUCUCAAGCUGCUCCUCAGCCCGUUCCUAGCGAGCCCCAAGCUCCGCAGAAUCCAAGUCAAUCACAAGCUCAAGAUCAAUUGAAGAGGACCACCUUUCCACAUGCAUUCGAGCGAUGGGAAACGUUGUCCUCCCAUUGGGAAGGGUUGACUGGUUAUUGGAUUCGCAAGUUGGAGCAAAACAACAAUGAGCUCAGCCAAGAUCCCCUCAACCAGCAGAUGGCUCGACAAAUCAAUGAUUUAUCCGCUGCAGGUGCAAACUUAUUCCACGCAGUGGUAGAACUACAGCGUCUCAGAGCAUCGUCCGAACGACGCUUCCAACGAUGGUUCUUUGAUACUCGCUCAGAACAGGAGAAAGCUCGAGAAGUUCAGGCUGAUCUCGAAAGACAAGUGGCAGCACUCAAACUCGAGCGUGAUGACGUCGUUGAGCUGCGCCAAAAGACCGACGCAGACCGCAAGAGAGCGGAAGAGUUGGUCAAAGAGAUGCGCCGUGAACUACAAAUUUCUAAGGAAGAGGCGAGAAGGGCUUGGGAAGAACUCGGUCGCAGAGAGCAGGAAGAACGAGAUCGAACAGCUUCUCUGCGUAACGGCGAGCCUACUGUAGUAGGAGGUGUCCAAGUGCUGCCCAUGAUUGCUGGUAUGCCCAGUCGACAGAACAGCAGCGCCAAUCGACCAUCGACCCGCGAGGGACCGUAUCCCGGCGGACCUACUGCCUCUAGCAUGGGUGGACAGCAUGAUUCCCACGAACAAGACCCAUACAACGAAGAGCCAUCGCUAACUGAGACGGACCCCUUCGUUGAAACAACUCAGCGACCAGGUCAGGGCUAUCCGACUGCACGCCCACCAACAUCAUCUUCUACUGUCGUCGGUGGUACACCCACCUCUCAGCCUCCCAUCACCACCGGCGCUUAUACCGAUCCCUCCGGUCGAUUUUAUCAACAUGGCGGCCAAGCCCUUCACAACGAACCCGAACCCGAUGCUCGGUCCUAUGUCGCCAGCACCGAGGGCAGCGAACUCGAAGAAGACUAUGGCACCGUGACACACCCCGACUACCGCCACGAUCCUCAGCACGGAUACGCAGGCAGCGAGGGAUACGACGACGACGAAGAAGAGCCGUAUGACCCAGCUUCCUAUCCUCCCGGCACAUCAGCCGCGUCUUCCGUUCACGGCUACGGCCAGGGCAACGUCGACUACAGCGGCUCUGGCUGGGGCGGKUGGGACUCUAUAACUCCUCGACACCGCCAUCCGACGCGUCUCAGUGACCCAAAAGAGCCUCCUAAUGGCUUCCGCACUCACAUCUCUGACCCAAUCAAUGGGCAGGACCGGCCGCCUCUAUGCGCUCGCCGCACCAAAACUCUCCUCAUCCCCAACGUGCUCCCUCUCACGCUCAUCGAUAUCACAACUCGCAUUCCGCUGUCAACGACAGAACCAGAGACAGCAAUUCCACUAUGGAUUCACAUCCUCAACGACAAGAUCCUUCUCCACAACACCCGCCCGAACAGCGAAGACAGUCCAACAGAUGAAAUCUCGCCAACGCACGGGUCCAUUCUCAUGGAAAGCGGCCUUACUAUUCGUUCUGACUGGCGCUGUAAGGGAGUCGGAAGACCCAAGGUUGGGGGCCCGUUUGUGCUCAAGGAUCUGGAUGGGAAGGAGUUUACGGCGGAGGAUUUGAAGGGAAAGUAUAGCUUCGUUUACUUCGGAUUCACGCACUGCCCCGACAUCUGCCCCGACGAACUCGACAAAAUGGCCUCCAUAAUCGACAAAGUAAAGGAAGCCUCCAACGGCGCCGAAGUCAUGCGUCCCGUUUUCAUCACUUGCGACCCUGCCCGCGACACCCCCGAAGUUCUGCGGAAAUAUCUAGCUGAAUUCCACCCUGAAAUUAUUGGUUUGACAGGCACAUACCAGCAGGUGAAACAAGUCUGCAAAGCGUAUCGGGUAUAUUUCAGUACGCCAGAGAAUGUGAAGCCCGGAGAGGAUUAUUUGGUGGAUCAUAGUAUUUAUUUCUAUUUGAUGGAUCCGGAGGGCGAUUUUGUGGAGUGCGUGGGUAGGCAGGAUACGCCGGAGAGUGCGACGAGGUUGAUUCUGGAGCAUGUGCAGGAUUGGAAGAGGGAGGGGAAGAAGUUGGAUGUUUAG